UGCUAGUGGUGGGACAGUGCCUACCGUAACUAUGGCUUCAACCACUACGGCAGCUACGAACCUGACAACAACUGCCACCGCCAAACUGCCGCAACCCGGAUCUGCGACCAGUAGCACACCCGUUGCCACAAUGACCAUUAGAAACACAUCUACGAGUAGUACCACCGCAACCGCCACAGUCGCGCCUGUAGGCAUCGAUUACCACCACGACUACGACGAGCACUACGACGACAACCACCACCACCACGACGACCACCACGAGUACCACCACUACCACUACUACAACCACCACUACGACAACAACGAGCACCACGACCACCACUACCACAACUACAACCACCACCACGACCACUACGACUACAAGCAGCACUACUACCACGACCACAACCACCACUACUACCACGACCACAACCACCACUACUACCACGACCACAACCACCACUACUACCACGACCACAACUACCACUACUACCACGACCACUACUACCACGAGCACUACCACCACAACCACCACGACCACGAGCACUACUACGACCACCACCACUACGACAUCUACGCCUGCUCCGACGAGAGCGCCCUAUCCUGUUCGACCCAUGGGCAAGCACAAGGUAUUCUGCACGUUUGGAACGUACGAGCAGGACUACGCCUACGUCCACAUCGAUGGCCUCUGCGACUACGCCUUCAUCCCGUACUAUGUCCGCAAGAACGGCACUUUUCUCGACGACACCGAUCCUGUAAUUCAGAAGUUGCUCGCAAAGGCAGCCAUAUCAAACUUGACGUCCUUCGAGGGACUGCUUUCGCAAGGGGUCACAUGGGCAGCACGGGGGGCCAGAACACUCUGCGAAAUUACUGGACCACCAAGAAAAUAUUUCACUACGGCGUUCUCAACCUCGAGGUGAAGCCAUGGGAAGCCGUGCCCAUCGACAACAGGGUCAAGCAAGCCUUCGACUUCCUCAAGGCAGCCAGAGCCCAGCAGGAGAUGCUGAAAACAGCGCACCCUGGGCCCCCGUCACCUGCUCGCGGCUUCGUAGUCCUCGGUAUCAGGCUCUGGCCUGCCAACAUGGCACCCUUUCUUGCUGCAAUCGACAAUGAGUUCAAGUCCUUCAUGGUCGACGGCUUAAUCCCAUUGACGCAUAUCAACGAGGACGAGUUCGUCGCUGGUUACACAGAGUGUUGGAUCAGUGGGGGAGCGCCGUACCAGCUCGCGCUCGGCAGCAACAACUCCAACGUGUUGGGCAUGUACUGCACAUCUUUGAACCCGUAUGAAAAUCCAACCCUUGACGUGACACAAAAUGUGGUGGUCGGGACAUCUCGCAAUAUCAGGGCCACAGACGUUCUGAGCACGUUCGAAUCCAGACUCACCAUCAACUCCAAGUUGUGCGACAUCAACGAGAGGUUCAGGAACCUGGACAUCGGCUUGGCCGUAUUUGACCUCGAGUGUGAAGACUGGUCGCGGAGAUGCCCGGCGCCCACCGCUGCCAUCUACUCGACCUACAGGUUCCGGAACGUCAGCCAACAGACUCACAUGCUGGCGCAAUCUGGAGUGGCCAACGUUUGCCGGUAG